AUGACAACUACUUCCGCUUUCGCUCUUAACCAUCCACAGCUCGGCAGUCUCACUGGCCGCCUGAUUGAUCACCAGCAUGCUGAUGGACAGCCCGUGACUGAGCCUGUCGUGCAUUUCCGUUCCAUCCCCUAUGCCACCAUCCCAGCCCGCUUAAGGCAGAGCGUACUGCUCGAUCACAUCCCAGACCACUUUGAUGAUCGACCACAUGGCGACUUUACACAGUAUGGUGCUGCGUGUCCGCAGGUGCCACAGCCCACUGGUAGAGGUAGCGCGACAGGAGGGUUGAUGCCUGGCGACGAGCCAGUCACAUAUGAUGAGCAAGCCUGUCUCAACUUGACCAUCUCCGCACCUGUGAAGAAUGUCCUCGGCGACACUGGCCCAUCAAUGCCCAAAAGGCUUAUCCCAGUUCUGGUCUAUGUCCAUGGUGGUGGCUUCAUCGAAGGCAAGGGCCAUGUCAGCGCCCUUCAUGACACCACGAAGAUGGCCGAGCUGGCAGCUCAUGAAUCCAUGGAUGUGGUGAUUGUGCCAAUAGGAUAUCGGCUGAACUGGCAGGGUUUCGUCGCCUGCUACGAUCUACUCGAGGAGGCCAGGGAGAAUGGCGAGCCUGCAUUCAAUUAUGGGAUGCGAGACCAACGCAACAGCUUCCUCUGGAUCCAGAAACACAUCGCGGGCUUUGGCGGUGAUCCAGGUAACAUUACUGCCUUUGGUGAGUCGGGUGGGGCUGCAUCGCUCUACAUGCACGCCUGUUCAGACGUGCCUCUGUUCAACCGGGUCAUUAUCCAGAGUGGCUCGCCCAGCGUCGUAGGCAUGUGGACCCUUGAUGAGUCCGAUGCAUACUAUCACCAUCUGUUAUCAUAUCUGGGCAUCGCGGGAGCGACGCGUGCAGAGCGACUCAAAGCGCUCCGCGAGGUCCCAGUGUCGCGCUUGAUUGACUUUAUUCGUGAGAACAACGUCGCCACAAUGAAGCCCUACCUUGGUGCGGAGAGUGAGUUCUUCCCUCAGCAGCCUUUCUGGGCCACCCAGGGCGAAAUUCUGGCCAACUGCCCAUGGAUCAAGGAGAUCAUGAUUGGGGACGACUCCUGUGAGGGACUUGGGCUCAUGCAGCCGCUGAAGGAUAUCUCUGCUAGCCAGUACAUCGCACGAUUUCGUACCAUCCUCGGUGAGGAGUCCGCCCGCUGCGUGCUGGACGCAUACGAGAUAUCCGAUGGUAUGGACGAGGGCCUUUUUUGGCCGAAUGCGAUGGUUAUGAUGGGAGACUUGAUCUUCUCUGAACCUACGCACUCAACCGCUAUCUCGGUGGCUAAGAGUAGUAAAAAGCGUUUAUAUCGCUAG